GUAUUUGGGGAUGACAUUCAACAAGAAUUCGACGGUGAGAUCCCAAGACGCCGCCACAGUAUUUCGAAGCAUUGCCCGAUCAGUCAUUGGAAGGUCCCUGGCUUUCGAAUAUUUGCUCAACAACUUUUUCUANGAAGGUCCCUGGCUUUCGAAUAUUUGCUCAACAACUUUUUCUACCUGAAGGAAAAUGUCAGCCUCGGAAUUUCAGACAUAAGCAGCUUCAUUACCCCAUUUGCCACCUUCAACACGCCAGCUGAAGCGGCCAGAAUGCGGGCAUUCAAAGAGGAACACAAAAAUGACCUGGGGUCAGGAGCUCGGGCAGUGGACCAAGCCAUUGAAAGCAUCGAGAUCAACGCCCGAUGGAUGGCUGCUCAUGAGGCCACUGUGACCCAGUGGCUCAAAGAACAAACAGGGCAUGGUUCAACAUGA